GGAGAUUUUAAAAGCUGAUCGCCUUCGGGUCAACUUGCAACUGGUUGUCAAUCGCCUAAAACUCCUGGAAAGAAAGAAAACCGAGCAGGCCCAGAAAGCAAGGAAGGAGGUCGCUGACCAUCUGGCUGCUGGGAAAGAUGAACGAGCUCGGGUCCGAGUGGAGCACAUUAUACGGGAAGACUACCUCGUGGAGGCCAUGGAGAUCCUGGAGCUGUAUUGUGACCUGCUGCUGGCCCGGUUUAGCUUGAUCCAGGCCACAAAGGAACUGGAUUCUGGUCUGGCUGAAUCUGUGUCUACACUAAUCUGGGCAGCUCCUCGACUCCGGUCAGAGGUGCCUGAGCUGAAAAUAGUAUCUGAUCAGCUGUGUGCAAAGUACAGCCAGGAGUAUGGUCAGCUGUGCCGAACUACUGAGAUUGGAACUGUCAGCUCUCGGCUAAUGUGUAAAUUAAAUGUGAACAGUCCACCCCAGGUUUUAGUGGAACAGUAUCUGAUAGAAAUUGCUAAGAACUAUAAUGUGCCAUAUAAAUCCAAGGCAGCCAUCAUGGCGGAAGCCCCCGCAGACCCGGUUAGUGUUGGAUUUACCGAGGAGGACAAGAAAGGCGCCCUUGACGGCGGUGGGGGAGCUGUAGCAGGACCUGGUGAACCAGUUCGGGCAUCACCAAUAUCUGCGCCAGAGCCUCUACCUGUGCCUUCCUCUGUCCCUUGUUUCUCAUCCCUUCCUCCGGGAAGACAGAAUGACUCCUUUAAGAAUGAUUUGCGUCCUAUUCUGGUUCCUGGUAAGUAUAAGGAAUCCUGGUAGUAGCUGGAAUUGCUUGAUAGUCAUGGAAGCUAUUUCAGUUGUUAUAAGACUGUCAUUCCUCCAUUGGUGAGAGAAGUUUAUUAGCGAUUUACCCGGAGUACAGAAUGUUCCCUGAUAAUAGUUAACAAUUUUCAAAGUGGAUAUGGAUCUCAAACAGAUCUUUAAUACAGAUAAAGUUUUAAAACCGCUACUGUACUAGAUCAUCUUGUCACAUGUUUUGAAUAAUUGUGCCUUUUAAAAAAAAUUCCAAUUGCCCUUGAAGAAGAUUGCCAACACAGUGUAACCAUUACCACCAUUUCCAUGUUGGGAGAAUUGUCUAAUUUUCCAGCCUCUUAUAUGCUGUUUUUUCAAAAACAUUAAUAGCCUACUGUCUUUGAGGCUGGGAUUUCAUUCUGGGGGACAUAUUGUUGUGACUUUUUUUUU